AUAUGCGAUUAUUUUGUUUAAUUUUUGUGUUUUGCACAAUGGGCUUCAAGCCUUUUUUAACGGAUAGUGCAAAAAUCCUGGCCACUUUUCCAUUUCCUGGCCGCUCUCAAUACAUUUUUCUGGAGACCUAUUUGAAAGCCCUGGCUGCCAAAGGUCACCAAGUGACCGUGAUUAAUACUUUCAAGAAUGGGGAAUCUCCGAAUAUGCGAUUUAUAGAGGCUCAUAAGGCGCACGAUCACCAUCAAGAAAUGAUGGAACUGCUAAACGAAACCUUUCAUUGGCAAGUACUGAACGCAUGGGAUAAGAUUGUGAUUAAAUUCACAGAGUUAAUAAUGGAAGACGAAGAUGUGCAAAGGCUGCUGAGAUCUGGAGAAACUUUCGAUCUGGUUUUGGCUGAAAUGGAGCAAAUGGAACCCCUGUACGGUCUUGCCCAGCACUUCAAUGCCACUUUGGCUGGGUUCCUCAGUUUUGGAACGGAUCACCGCGUGGAUGAGGCCUUUGGAAAUAUUUCACCCAUCUCAUAUAGCCCGUUGGUGACCUCUUCCCGCACUGAUCGAAUGACCUUCAUGGAGCGCUUGGUUAAUCACUACGAAUACCUGGUGGAGAAAAUACAUCGCCAUUUGGUUCACCUGCCUGCUAUGCAGAAAAUGUAUGACAAAUACUUUCCGAAUGCCAGGCAAACGAUGACAGAGGUUUUGAACAGUUUCGCAAUGGUUUUGAUAGGUCAGCACUUUUCCCUGAGUCAUGCGAGACCCUAUUUGCCCAACAUGAUAGAGGUCGGUGGUCUGCACAUUAGCCACCAACCAAAAUCCCUGCCAGAGGACAUCAAGGAGUUCAUUGAGAGUUCUCCCGAUGGUGUGAUGUACUUCUCCAUGGGAUCCAAUGUGAAGUUUGCCGAUCUAGGGAAUGAAACACGUGAAACGCUGCAGAAAACCUUCGCGAAAUUGCAUCAGCGAAUUCUUUGGAAAUUCGACGAAGACGAAAUGCCUGGCAAGCCAGACAAUGUGAUGGUCAGGAAAUGGUUCCCCCAGGCAGAUGUCCUAUCACAUCCUAAUGUCAAGAUCUUUAUCACCCAUGGUGGGCAGCUGAGCACCAUUGAAAGUGUGUAUUUUGGCAAACCCAUCUUGGGAUUGCCGUGCUAUUUUGAUCAAUACAUGAAUGUGCUUCGAGCCCAGAGAAUGGGCUUCGGUUUGGCACUGGAUGUGAAUAAUCUAAAGCAAGAAGAUCUAGAACACGCCAUUCAAACUCUGCUAAGCACUCCAAGUUUUGCCAAGACCGCGGCGGAAGUUUCUGCGAGAUUUCAUGAUCAACCGCAGGCGCCUCUCGAUAGGGCUAUCUGGUGGACGGAAUAUAUAAUCAGGCACAAGGGUGCCUCUCAUCUGCGAUCAGCCUCUAGAGAUAUGAACUUUAUUCAACUCCACAGCCUGGACACUUUGGCUGCACUUUUUGCAAUACCUCUGUUGGUUGUGGUGAUUUUCCUUAAAAUAUGUCGAAAAGUAAUGGGGAAACAUUGUACGCAUACGAAAAAGCUGAAAGCAACAUAAAAUAAAACUAUAAAA